GCAGCGUGCCUCUCUUCUUCUUCACUGUGGUCACCUGCAGUUUGCCCCACAGCCAUUCCAAGCACAUAUUCCCUGCACCCUGCUAGCUACCUUGAGUUGCAAUUCAUCCUUUUGGCAGUAAAGUUCUUAGUAAUAUUACCCAGUUGCUACGUAGCAGCUCGCUGAAGAACAAAGGAACCAAUCCCACCUAUCUGAAUCCACACAUAAACAGUAGAUUCUUGUUCUCGCUUGGAUAGCUACAGCCUACCUCUGCAGGCGCUAUGAUGAGGCUGAAAGUGACGAUACUGGUGGUAGCAUUUGUUCUCAGCGCCGGCGUGCAUAUCUCGGCGGCGGCGGCGGCCGCCGGCCAGAGGGAGGAGGUGCACCUGGUGCCGGCGGUGUACGUGUUCGGCGACUCGACGGUGGACGUCGGGAACAACCAGUACCUGCCGGGGAACUCGCCGCUGCAGCUCCCCUACGGCAUCGACUUCCCGCACUCGAGGCCCACCGGAAGGUUCAGCAAUGGCUACAACGUCGCCGACUUCAUCGCGAAACUGGUGGGAUUCAAGAGGAGCCCGCCGGCUUACCUGUCGCUGACGCCGCAGACGAGCCGUCAGCUCAUGCGAGGCUACCGCGGCGCCAAUUACGCUUCUGGAGGAUCCGGCAUUCUCGAUACCACUGGGACAACCGUCGUCACGCUGACAAAGCAAAUCGUGUACUUCGCGGCCACCAAGUCAAAGAUGAUGUCGAACGGCGGCGGCGAUGGCAACAGCUCGUCGGCGUCGGCGUCGGCGAUCGACGAUCUGCUGUCCAAGUCUCUCUUCCUCAUCAGCGACGGCGGCAACGACCUGUUCGCGUUCCUGAGGCAGAGCAACCGGACGGCGAGCCAGGUGCCGUCCUUCUACGCCGACCUGCUGUCCAACUACACGCGGCACGUCCAGGCGCUGUACAGCCUGGGCGCCAGGCGGUUCGGCAUCAUCGACGUGCCGCCCAUCGGGUGCGUGCCGUCGGUGCGGGUCACCUCGCAGGCGGGCGCCACCAGGUGCGUCGACGCCGCCAACGACCUCGCCAGGGGGUUCAACUCCGGGCUCAGGUCGGCGAUGGCCAGGCUCGCCGGCUCCGGUGCUCUCCCGGGGAUGAGGUACUCCGUCGGCAGCUCGUACAACGUGGUGUCCUACCUCACGGCGAACCCGGCCGCCGCGGGGUUCAAGGUGGUGAACAGCGCGUGCUGCGGCGGCGGCCGGCUCAACGCGCAGGUCGGGUGCGGGGCGCCCAACUCCACCUACUGCGGCAACCGCAACGGGUACCUGUUCUGGGACGGGGUGCACGGGACGCAGGCCACCUCCAGGAAGGGCGCCGCCGCCAUCUACUCCGCGCCGCCGCAGAUGGGCUUCGCCUCGCCCAUUAACUUCAAGCAGCUUGUUUCUUCUUGAUGCAGAUUACGCUAAUUCAUCUUGAUAUAUAUCGUAGCAAUACUAUACACGUACUCGUACUAUUGAUGAUGCAUGCCGGCAGCUAAAGUUAGCUAUAAGAGGAAAAGAAAUAUUUGCACUCUUGAUUCUUUUUAGAACGAGAGUGAUAGAGAUACAAUAGACGAAUCACAUCAUUUUAGAGGCAUGUAAAAGUUGCAAACUAAGGCCAAAUGGCCUGCAAAUAAACUCUUGAAUAAACUAUCAGGUUGCGAAGUGAGUAUAGCUCAA